AUGGGGGCGUCUGAUUCAAAACUCGUGUUCAAGCAAGGUAUCUUUCGCCUUUCUGAAGAGAAAGAGAUUCCCGCCGAUGAUCCAUAUUGGACAAGUUUUUGGGAGCUGCCAGAAUCUGCGGAAGAUAUCUUUUCACUUUUCUCACCUGCCGAUAUACGUCGUGCCCGAGACAAUUCCAUAGCGAACCUCGAAACUCUCGUUCUAGCCGUAACAUCGCGCCUAACAGUGCUUCGCAACCACCCUUCGUUCCCCGAUCCUGAAAACGCACCUGAGAGAGAUGCACUGAACUGUAUUCGCGUUUUGACUAGGGUUCUUCCCUUCAUCUACGAAGCGGACCACCUUGGAGAAUGGGAGGAGAGGUUCUUCUGGUCGACGCGCAUGAAGCGUAGCCGGAGAGGACAGCUGAAUAAGGACUCGGAGGUCUUGUUCGACGGAGCAAGCCCGGACAACACCACUCCCACUCCAGGGGAGCAAGAGUUUGAGGUAGCCAAACCGCUAGCUGAAGAGCUCAUCGACAAUCUAAUCGAUCUUCUUUUCUUCUCCGAAUUUACCACAGCACGCGCACCUGCCGGAAAGGACAAAGUUACGUACGCGAUAUGGCAGACAGGUGUCGGCUGCAACACUCCGGUUGCAUCCACGAAAGAAAUGGAGAAUAAUAGAACAGAGGUGCUCCGGUUGCUCCUGGUUCUCGCCAGCAAGUCUAUGUACAUGUCUGCGAAUGUCCUGCCUGUCACUGGUAUCCGAACAAUCACAUACAUCACCACGACUUCCGACAAACAAGUAGUCUUGUCAGUUUUGUGCUCAUUGUUAAAUACGACACUCAAGUAUAAUCCUGCAAAUUGGGGUGUUCCCUAUGACCACCUACUUUUUGGAGAUAACAAGCAGCUUCUUGUGUCAUACUGUCUCCAGUUCCUUCUAGUACUAGUGCUUUACCCAAUCCCAGAGCCUGGGAACGGAGUACCACCCAAGAACUUCUUCAGACACUUCCUUGGAAGGCUACAUCGGCCACAGGACUUUCAAUUUUUAGUGGACGGCAUGACACGCAUUUUGAAUCAGCCACUACAGGCCACCACAUCGCCUCUUCCUGGUAGUAGAAAGUCACUUACAUGGGCACCUGAGAUGAUAAUGCUAUUUUGGGAGACGCUCCAAUGCAACAAGAGGUUCCGCUCCUUCAUUGUUGACACAGACCGCGCCCACGACUUUGUUGUGCUUGUACUCUUCUACGCCAUCGACCAACGUUAUGACCCUUCGAAACAAGGUCUGAUCAGAAUGUGUGUCUUUGUACUUCAGACACUCAGCGUCGAGCCGAACUUCGGCAAGAACCUGAACAAAAACUUCGAAGGCCAGGAAACACUUCCACCAAGCAUCCGUAUACCAAAUUUCCACGGCACUUACGCCGAUUAUCUGAUUACUUCGAUAUAUACCCUUCUUACUUGCAGCAAAGCGAAACUUGACGCUAUAUACCCAGCAUUACUGGCCAUCAUUAAUAACAUCUCCGCAUACAUCGAGAACCUUGGGCGGGCACCAAGCUCGAAGCUCAUUCAAUUAUUCUCCUCCAUGUCAUCACCAAGCUUCUUAUUCGCGAACGAGAGCAACCACGCCCUGCUACAGUCGCUUCUUGAGUCGCUAAACUCAAUUGUGGAGCAUCAGUAUCAUAAAAACGCCAACCUUGUCUACGCCAUAGUACGCUCACAGAAACGAUUUCAGGCACUGCGCGACUUCACGUUAGAGAGUGCGCAAGAAGAGCUCAAUAAACAAGAGCAGCAAAGAAAAGAAAGAGGCAGUGACCCCAUAUCAGGAGGCAUUCGAUCCAAUUCGAUUGAGAGCCUGCGAAGCCCGACCGCAUCUCGAGCGCCCACCCUAUCAGAGGUUCCAGAAGACACAGCCUUUUCUAUAGGAGACGAUGAUGAUGAUGAAGAUGACGACGAGGCAACACCACGAGCGGAUGCUCCCAUGAUGCAGACUCCACUACAUUCUGCAAGUACCUCACGCGCACCAUCUGUCGUAUCCACGGACGGGAUGCUGCCAACUCAGCUUCGAGGCAUGUCGGAGAAAGCUCGCGGUAAGAUGCCUAUCGGACAACCUUCAUUCUCACGACAAAACAGCACGUCAAGUCUGUCCGGCAUGAACUCUCCAUCGCUAGUAUCGAAUGGUAUCUUCUCGCCGUCAGCUGACUGGGUUGAAACUUGGCUCACUGACCUCCCUUUGCAUACCAUUCUCACUCUUAUCUCUAAUCUCUCCGAAACUCUUGCAUCUGUCGACACGGCUGAUACUACCACAGCUCUGCGAGCUAUACGUGCCUCUAGUCCUUCCAUACUUGAACCUUCACCUAUACGUGUUCAUCUCUUCGAGUGGACACCCUUAUCACUUGGCUGGUAUGAAUCUCUCUUGUGGUCAUUCAUAUUCGCAUCCGAGAUGACGAGCCCAAAGGGCACAAGUGGGGUUUGGAGUGCGACCCACCUGCGUCUAUUCAAGGUGCAGGAGACUGCAGCGCAAACACCUAGCCUGCGAAUGCCAAAAGGUGCAGUAGAUGCUGUCGGGGCAAAUUUGGUCCAGAGGAUGCAAAGCUUCAAUAUAAGAGGCGCACAAAAGAAUGGAAACGGGUCGACCGGGGUGCGGGAUGUGUGA